UCGGCCGACACGUCGGGAUUGGCGGCUGCAGCCAGGGGUCCUCCGACGCUGGGCUUCCGGGAGCGGCGCUCUGCCGGGUGGGGCCGGAGCUGCGGGGAGGGAGUUGGCGCCUAGCGCGCAGCUCCAUCCCCGCCUCUGCAGUGGACUCGGCCGCAGAAUCGGGGUCCCGGGCUCCUGGAACUUGUCCCGCCCAGGCCACGGCGAGGAGAUCUCUGGACCGCAUUCGUCCCAUUCUCAUCCUCAUGGUGGACAAGAAACUGGUGGUGGUUUUCGGAGGCACAGGUGCCCAGGGUGGCUCCGUGGCCCGCACACUCCUGGAAGAUGGGACAUUCAAGGUUCGAGUGGUGACCCGAAACCCUAGGAAGAAGGCAGCAAAGGAGCUGAGGCUGCAAGGUGCAGAAGUAGUGCAGGGAGACCAAGAUGACCAGGUCAGCAUGGAGCUGGCCCUGAAUGGGGCUUACGCCACCUUCAUCGUGACCAAUUACUGGGAGAGCUGCAGCCAGGAGCAGGAGGUCAAGCAGGGGAAGCUGCUCGCUGAUCUGGCCAGGCGCAUGGGCCUCCACUAUGUGGUCUACAGCGGCCUGGAGAACAUCAAGAAGCUGACGGCAGGGAGAUUGGCCGCCGCGCACUUUGACGGCAAAGGGGAGGUGGAGGAAUAUUUCCGGGACAUUGGCGUUCCCAUGACCAGUGUGCGGCUGCCCUGCUAUUUUGAGAACCUCCUCUCCCACUUCUUGCCCCAGAAAGCCCCAGACGGAAAGAGCUACUUGCUGAGCUUGCCCACAGGUGACGUUCCCAUGGAUGGCAUGUCGGUGUCCGACCUGGGUCCUGUGGUGCUCAGCCUUUUGAAGAUGCCAGAAAAAUACGUCGGCCAGAACAUCGGGCUGAGCACUUGCAGGCACACGGCUGAGGAGUACGCUGCCCUGCUCACCAAGCACACCCGCAAGGUCGUGCACGACGCCAAGGAGCUAACUGGCCACAGAGUGAAAUUUCUGGCUUAGAUGUUUUGACCAAAUAGAGAGAAAAGCUUCCAGGAGGAGGGGGCCAUAGGAGCCAAGGCAAGGAGGGGUGAAAAUGCAGGCCCUGCCGGGCUCCUCUGUGGGAGGGGAUUUGAAGAGAAAAGAGUCUGGAAAGAUAGGCCCGACCCCUCCCCUGUGGGAGGGGAUUUAAAGGGAAAGAGGCUAGAAACAUAGGCCCGACCCCUGCCCCCAUUGGCCUGGCUGGGUGGGCAGGAGGCCUACUGGACAGACUCUUGGGUACCUGGUUUCUAAUGUUUGUCAUUACCAUUAGGAAAGUAAGACAUACUCAUUAAAGAAUCUGAGAGGCUGGGUGCAGUGGCUCACACCUGUAAUCCCAGCACUUUGGGAGGCCGAGGCAGGUGGAUCACCUGAGGUCAGGAGUUUGAGACCAGCCUGGCCAACAGGGUGAAACCCUGUCUCUACUAAAAAUAAACAAAUUAGCCGGGUGUGGUGGCAGGCGCCUGUAAUCCCAGCUACUUGGGAGGCUGAGGCAAGAGAAUCGCUUGAACUCAGGAGGCAGAGUUUGCAGCGAGCCGAGAUGCCACUGCACUCCAGACUGGGUGACAGAGCGAGACUCCAACUCCAAAAAAAAAAAAAAAGAA